UAUGAUUUAUCAGUAAAUCUUAUAUUUAUUGAAUUAUUAAAAAUAGGUAUCCAACAGUUGUGAUUAUUUUUUAAUAUGAUAUUUUCACUAUAAAUAUAACUUAUCGCCUGAAUAAAGUAGUUUCGAACUUUUCUCGGAACUUUUUAUCACUAUAUACUCCAUGCACUGUUCACAUACGGAUAUAUAUUGAGGGUAGUAAUAACAUAAUAAGCAUGAAGGCGAGUGAGGGUAUUUGUAAGAUUACUUUUUACUGGAUAAUGUGAUGGUGACAGUACGGUUUGACCUCUUAAUUCUAUUUCGAAACAUAUAAUUGUUAGAUUGGUCUGUCUGCGUACCAAAAUUGGAUUUAUGUUUGAUAACACGUAAGAUGAUAUUAAAUCCACGCAUUCUAUCGUCGGCUGCAGCGGUUGCCAUAACGUGUGCUGUGUCCGCGGCUGCAUACUACUACAAAAGUCGCAAUGCUGAAAUAAAUGAAGUAAUGGUGUUCUGCAAAUUACAAUUCAAUGUCUACAACUAUUUCGACAAGUUGAUCAGUUAUGUAGAAGCGGCUAAGAAAACUGUAAAUGUCUGCAUGCCAAGCAUCCACAAUCCUGCUAUCCAAGCUCGCUUGGUCACUUUGAUAAAGAAGAAAAAUAUCAAAGUUCGUAUAAUCAUUGACCGGUCUGGAUAUAACGACUCGACAGACUUUUUUAUAAAUGAACUCAUAGAAGCUGGAGCAGAAAUCAAAUGUAAAGUAAAUGAACCAAUUUAUGAGAUGCAACACAAAUUCUGCUUAGUCGACGACAAAGUUCUUAUGACUGGCACUCUAGACUGGGGUAAUGACCGCUCUGCCGACGAUUGGAAUUACGUGUACAUCACUAGCAAAUCACAACUUGUAAAACCAGUAAAAAGUGAAUUUUAUCAAAUGUGGGGUGAAUUUUCUAGCGAUAUACGGUUGAACAACAAGCCUACGCCAAACGAGAGCGACCCAGAAAUCGUAGAAAAUGUAAAUUCUGAAACAAAUAAUGUUGAAACUCGAACGGAUUUAGAACCACACACUAUGCGAGAAACAACAUUGACCCCAGAAGUUUAUAUAUUGUAGCAUGCAUAUCUUUUUACCUCAAUAUUUUACAAAUGUUUUAUCACCAAACAUGCCCUGUAUUAUAUCAAUGUAUUAACAUAUUUUAAUAAUUAGACCAUUAUGUUUAAUCCAUUUUAAAAUUUUGCUACUGGUACCCCACCAAGGGUGAAGCUGGCCUUUGCCUUUUUCAGAAUAUAUUUUCCGUUUUUCAUUUUCAAACUAAAAUAUUUGAUUUCACAUUUUGAAACUGCUUUUUAGAAGAAAAGUGUUUCUUCAACCUGUAUUUUCCGAUAUUCCAUAUUCCUUACAUAAUUAUUCUUAUUUCCAUUUCAUGUCUAUAUUGAUGUAUCUUUUUGCUUAUUCAUAUUUAAAUAUUUCAAUGUCAGCUUUUAAUUUGUAAAAUAUUCUAUUAUUUCUAAUGUUUUCAUCAAUAAAUUACAACAAAAUUUU